AUAACGCGUAGGUGGCGCGAGCCCGUGGGCUAAAAAAGCCCACGUGGCAUUCUUUAUAACGGUUGUGGUGCUGUGAAGUGUGAAAUGAAUGAGGUUGGGGAGUUAGUUAACUAUGGAAGGAGCAGUUGCAGCGUCUUCUUUGUCUCUUCUUUCAUUGGGGAGUGUAAAAACUAGGAGCAGAGUGUCUCGGAUCUCUCGCGUGUCUGGGAGACAAGGUUGUAAUGUUUUGGUUAAGAAUGGAAGUAGAAGAAGAAGUGUAAGGGUGAGUGCUGCGAAUGUGGAAGAUAUAAUCACGGUAUUUGAUCCAGCUCCGGUGGAAGUCACCUGGCAAAUUGUGGUCGGAGCUAUAGCUGGGGUUACCCCUUUUGUGGUGGCAGGGAUCGAAUUUCGCAAAAGAAUUAUAGCUCAAAAAAGAUGUGAGGAGUGUGGUGGGUCGGGGCUUGUUCUAAGGGAAAAGGAAUACUUCCGCUGCCCAGAAUGUGGUAUGAUUGCAUUCACUUCUUCUCAUGUCUUGUACUGUGUUCAAGCAAUUAAGUAUGCAGGUGGUAGAAUUUCAAUGUAUCACUCUGAAAUAUUCCUAAUUAAUUUCUGAUGUGUCCAGUAAUUGAACAUCAAACUCAAAAUAUUGAAUGUAAGAAGAUUUAAAAUCUCAUGUUUGCUGGGUCAACUACAACCUACUAGGAUGUACAUUGAAUACCUAGGAAUUGUAGAAACCUUGCAUUACCAAGCUAAUUUGAAUAUCCAUUGUCAACCUGAGAAUAUUUUGGUGUUUAAAUGGAGAUUUUUCAUAGGCCCUUCCCCUUUGGGUCCACAAUUCCUUUCAUUUUGGUUGUGAGGAGCUGUGACAAGUGAUACAUUGGUCAAUUCUAGCAUUUCUUCAGUAAUUUCACUCCAGCAGUGUCACUUCAAUAUCACGUAGAACAUUUCAAGAGUUUUUUUCAUUAAAAGUGUCAAGGUUUUCUAUUAGAAGUUUGGAGUUUUUCUUUUCAACAGAUAAAUUCUCAAAAACUCUUUUAGGUUGGUAUCCCAGCAGGUUCUUGCUACACGUUUAAGUUAUUGGUAUCACUUUUCAAACCCUUUAUUACUCUGAAAGUAUCAACGAGAAGGAAGAAAAGUAUGAAAUUGAUAUAGAAAUUUGGCAAAUUAUGAUCGUAAGUAUGAACUAUAAGUUACACCAGGCAUAUGCCGUACACAGGACAAGGCAUCCGUGUCCAUGCUUCGUAGAGUAUGAAGAGCUUUAUGUCUCGUUGCUUUGUUUUCCUAAUUUGUCUUUCCGGUUUAUGUAUUGUUGAUCUACCCAACCACCUGUAUAAUUCAUUAUCUUGCAGUCCUUAACAUGCUUUCUAUUGCAGGUGGGUUCCUUCCUUGGCAGUCCUGGAAAAGAUUCUUUUCAGGCUAGUUUCUACAGCGUUGUACAAAAAAACCAUACUUCAAUAAUGACAAAUUUAUUUAACAGAGAUUCAAUGUUUGUGAGAAUACUCUAUCAUACACAAACGUAAACAACAUAGUAAAGCUAUUUGCAAUACCAACUACCAUUUUCAUUAGAAACAUUGUAAUUUCCUUCUGAGAGAAAUGGUAUUUGCUACCUUAUUGAUAUGCCCACAAGGAAAAAAAAUGUGCAGCAACGGAGACAUGUUUGCGGAGUCUCAAUACUUAGACGAUUUGUGAAAGUGGUAGAAGCUUGGUUUCCUAGCUGUUUUUUCUCAUCCCUUAUCCAAAUAAUAUACAUCUUUUACACCAAUCAUGUCCAUUUCGCUAUUCAUUGAAAAAACCAAGAAUUGAAAACCAGUUUCAUCAUGUAAAGUCUCUCAAGGGAAGAUUAUCAUUUUAAGGUUGAUUUGUUUGUUCCAUCCACAAAUAAUGUACCUCGGAUUAAGGUGGUCAAAAUCUGUUUUCUUAAGCAUUUAUUCUGCUAAAAGGGCCAAGUGUACUAAAGGACACUGACAUUACAUAAAAUCUUUCUUUAUCAAUACCAACUACAUAAGAAGAUUCUUUUCAAAUUAUGCAGACUUCAUUGUGUCAUUAUGACAGAUAGGAGUAAUUGUGAGUUGACCCUUGGCUACCGAAAUUAGUCUACACGAAUCUGUGACAAAAUCUUCACUUCUUAUCUUCAUCUACUUUUUUGGUCUGUAGUCUCACAUAAUUGAUAACUUUUUCAUGACUUGAUCAUAUUGACUCUGAACAGUGCAUCACCAUCUCUCUGCGUGGAUCUUGCAGUAAGGUAAGACUUUAGUGACAAAAAUUUAAGGGCCACGUUAGUAAUUAUGGUUGUAUGGUGAUUAUUCCCUGUCUUCUCUAUUUUCUUUUUUUUCUGCUUUACAUUUAAGAAUCCUUGGCUUGGUGCUUGAGUUGGUACAGCCACUCUUUUGGACUUCAAUGUUUUUGUAUCAUCAAUGGAAAUUUUAAUAUUAUUGAUGGACUUCAACUGC